AUGUCUCGCCCUGGCCCCUCAGCACCCAGGCCGCUCACCCUUACCGAAGAACUCGAAAAGCUCGAGCAAUCCAUCACCCUCACUCUCCAAGAGAUCGAUCACAACUUCAGCAAAGCUCAUCGCAUUGUCACAACAAGCAUUCUCCCCCUCGUCGAGCAAUAUGGAGAGCACUCGCGCUCAGUGUGGGAAGCUACCAAGUUUUGGAAGCAAUUCUUUGAGGCUUCUGCCAAUGUCUCACUCUCCGGAUACGAAGAACUCACCGGCGGUGACAGCACGACGGUGACUGCUGAAGAGGAUAGCUCGGUCCACAACGAGACAACAGGAGAUUACACGCCCCGACCCCGUAGCUCGAGAGACGACGAUGACACCAUCAACGCGGACCAGUCGUCUGCUAUGUACCAUGAUCACACUGGCCAACAAGAAGAAUCUGUUCUUGGCGACAACGACGGUGAUCUCACGGGUAGUACACCUCGGCCACCGGCAACCAAGACCUUGCCUUCCCGCCCGCAGCUCGCUGGAUUCUCCUCACCUUUUGAAGCCCUAAAGCGCGAGUAUGAUAAGAAAAAUGGCGGCAGCGGCAGGGGUAGCGGUCAAUUGCCGGGGCAGCGGGGUGCAGCGGGGGGCGAGGAGGAGGAUACGGAACUCCUCUUCCAACAACACACUGCCCGCCUCCCAGACAUGUCCAUGAACCCGCGGGCAUCGCUCGACGCCAGUGGUUUGGACCAUGCGGACGAGGAUGAGGAUGACACAAUUCUUGGGAAGGGCAAAAACAAAGACCCGCUGCUCCAUCGCAUGCUCGACAAAGACUACCGCAUCAAAGCCACGCCGCACAAAACGGCCACAGGCAUAUCGCCGAUCAAAUGGAAAAUCGACAAGCUCUCGACGCCCGGGAAAGGGAAGGAGAGGCAAACACGACCAUUAUGGGAGGACUCACCUACCUCGAGCCCCGAGAUGGCCCCGCCGCAGCUGCGAAGCGCCGCCUUUAUGUCGCCUAUGCGGGCGGCAUAUAAAGGGAAAGCAGCGGUUGCUGUGGGCGCCCCCAGGACCCCGGGAGUGAGCGUGCAGACUCCCGCCGCGGGCAGGAAGACAAUGGAUGUGUUUGCCGAAAAGCAGAGCACAGCGAAGAAGUAUGACGACGAGAUCACCUGGGACAGCGACAGUGAGGAGUUUGGCGGGAUGAGCCCACCCAAGACGAUUCAGUUUGCGGUACCGCCGUCCAAGCUGUUGCAGACUCCAGCCCGGGAGGCAAGCAAGCGCAUAGUCGAUAACAUCCUCCUGACCGCGGGCGAGGACCUGGAAGACCCGUCCGAGUACAGCCCGACAGUUGUCAAGAUGAACCACGAUAUUUUGGAUGACACUUUCUGAGGAGAGUCAUUGUAUGAGAUACAUCAUCAAUUACUGGCAACCCGCAUUCUAAGUAUGAAGAUCAUUAACAAAGGUAUGACUUCUCUCUUAUGCUGGCUCCAAGCCGACCCUUUCUGCUCCGAACCCAACAGCAUCUCUAACCUUCACCUUCUAGAGGAUUGAAAGAUCUGUCCAUAUCUACCGCUGAUAUCCCAACCAAUACCCUCGUUGGACCCAACAACGACGCCA